GGCGUGCCAGAUUUGCAGCGGGCGGCCAGGGCCCCCUGCUGCCCGCCGGCUGUGUACGCAACAAGGCGGGCUUUCGCCGAGCUAGGCGGCGCUGACUCAGCCUGGGCCGAAGGAAGCGCAGGGCAAUGGCGCUCAGCCCCCCCGAGAGGCAGCCGGGCCUGCCCGAGCCCCCGAGCCCGGCGGCGGCGGCGGCGCCACAGCAGCACCAGGCGGACGAUGAGGCCGACCUCGACCCCGACCCGCAGCAGCAGCUGAGCGGCCUGGAGCCCGACGCCGGCGAGGGGAUCCCGCUGCACUCGCCGUGGACCUUCUGGCUCGACAAGUCACUUCCUGGGACAACAGCUGCUGAAUGUGCAUCAAAUUUAAAGAAGAUCUACACAGUACAAACUGUACAGAUCUUCUGGAGUGUUUAUAACAAUAUUCCUCCUGUGACAAACCUGCCUCUGAGAUGUAGUUAUCAUUUAAUGCGUGGAGAAAGACGGCCGCUGUGGGAAGAAGAAAGUAAUGCCAAGGGAGGUGUAUGGAAAAUGAAGGUCCCCAAAGACAAUACGUCUUCAGUUUGGAAAGAGCUGUUGCUUGCUACAAUUGGGGAACAGUUUACGGACCGCUGUGCAGGAGGUGAUGAAGUAAUAGGAGUUAGCGUCAGUGUCCGUGAUCGGGAAGAUGUUGUUCAAGUUUGGAAUGUAAACGCAUCGUUAGCAAGUGAAGCUACAGUUCUAGAAAAGAUCUAUGAACUUUUGCCCCAAACAUCUUUUAAAGCAGUUUUUUAUAAACCUCACAAAGAGCACCAUGCUUUUGAAGGUGGACGCAGGAGACAUUAACACAGGAGACAGUCCUGAACUCAAGUUGUAAUUUUUUUAGUUUUUUGGGGUUUUUUUAGAUCAUCACAGUGGAAAGAUGGACAAAAACACUUGCAAAAGCACCACAAAGCCUGAUUAUUUUAGAUUGUUAUAUUCUUCUUGAGCUGGUGCUGUUCAAAAGCAAGGAGUAUUGCUGCCUCAGUUGCUAAUUGUGAUGUUUCCUUUCAUGACUGCUUAACAAAAAAAAAGGUCACUUUUAUUUUUUAGUAUUCCUUUCUUUUUAAGGUAGAAGACUUUACAGUUAAGUAGUUUACUGUACCUAGUUCAAAUGCAAAUAUGCACAGGCAUGAUAUGCUGCUCUUUCUAGACUGCUGUACCUAGAGAAAUUAAUAGCUUUGUGAACCAUGUUUUUCUGUAAUACUUUGCUUUGAGACAUUCCUAUCAUGUUAAGAGAUACACAGAUUUGUCCCCCA